UUCGCCUUGGUGAAGCCCCGGCUAGGCUGUGAUGGAGGAGGAAGUGUAGGUUUGACGUUAGAGGAAAGUGGGCUGAGCCGACAGAGGAGAGACGAGCUCAGGCAGAGGCGGGAGAGAGGAGCACAGACACGGCGGAGGAGUGGAGCGGAGCGGACGGAGCCAUGAAGCGGGCAAGAAACUCCACCAAAACGACGAAAACCGGCCCCAAGAGGCGACGCAGACCGAGGCAGAUGACCGCGGGGACGAAGGCGACCGAUGAAAUGGAUCGUUCCUUUGAUGUUUUCUGAAUCUCGUUGGAGAGGAAAGAUCAUUUCGGCGAUUUUGAAUGGUUUGACAUUUAGCCACUGCGAAUCGAAAACUUCGGAAAGUCGCUCUGCGGAGGAACUUUUGGCGAUAUGGAAGACUGAUGAACAGGUGUUCAGAGUUUGAAGAAACAGACAGCUUGACACCAAUCGAGUGGAUUUUUCCGCCUUGGAGACAGCGUUGUUUAACGUGAAGAUGGCGAGUGAUUUGGCAGAUGAGCCAAAUUUUGACAAGAUGAACGUUUUUUCGGUCCGAACAAUUGGAUUUUUUACAACUUUUAGCUUUACUUUUUUUAUUUCAUUUUUAUUUCAUUUAUUUAUUUUUUACCGCAACAUGGACUUCCUGGAUCUUUGAUGCUAACUGCGUUUUGGACUCUUAAACAAAGUCAGUCAUUGUACGAUUUAUAUUCAAAUGUUGUUUUAAAUAAAGUGUAUGUCUUCGUAUUUAACACUGGCUUUGUUUCAUUAGCUGAUCAUCUGGAAAAUCUUUGAUUCCUCUGUUUUGGGGCAUGAAAUCUUUAACGUUACAGUGUUAAUUGGAUGUUGGUAAAAUCAAUUUACCUUACRUGUGGAAAAAACUAAGCAAGUUCCCUAUUUUUUGUCUUAGUGUUUGGUGAAUUCUAUGGACUCUGAAAAUGGAAAUUAGAAUCUGGAUUGAUGAGAUUAAGUGGUUCUUUCUUGGUAAAUAUGGUUGAAAUCACAAAAAGCUAUAGAUUAUAGCCAUUCAAAGAGGUUUGUUCUGAAUUCAAUUGGGUUCUAAAACAGCCUGGAAGGAUUUCUAAAAUGGCCACUGCUUGUCCUUCUUCCUGUCUGACCAGGAAGUGAUGUAAAUGCUGCAAACAUAUUCUAAUUUCAGUCUCUCCACUGUCUUUUACAAUUUUUUAUAGAGAAGAAAGUUUUGAUAAUGAAGCUUGUGUGUUAGGGUUAAAAUAAUGCAUUUAGUUUAUUAAAGAAGAUUUUAAAGAUAUAAAAAGGGGAGGGACUUAGGCAUCACCUGAGUGUGGGCUAAAUGGAAAUAACGUCAAUCAAAGGCGAAGCUUUCAGAGCAGGGAAGGAGCUGUAGAUGGCGGCUGAGGCUCGGGAAGGGGCGCCACGGGCUGUCGUUUGACCGCUUCUCAGGCUUUGAAUUCGGUCGCUUCCGCUCGGUUCGGUUGUAAAGUCGAAGCCGACGAGUGUUCGGUGGGUUUUUAGCAGGAUUUUGUGCGUUUUUGAGGCGUUUUUUUCGGUCGCGAGCCGGACGAGCUGUUAGUCGUUGUUUUCCACACGGAGCUCUGGCAGCCAUGACGAGCCUCCAUUUUAGCUGCUGCUGCUCGGCUCUGGCGCUCUGACUCUCACUGUGGACCACUAAGGCCUGCGAACAUAGUUUAACCUUUAUUUUUGUUCCUAAUUUAACGUGUUUAUUAUUUUUAUGGCAUAUUACUUUUAUUCGACCAAAAUGGCAAUUUUGAACUGCGACAUAUCGAAGGCGAAUCUUAUUAUUUGACUUAUAGCAGAGUUUUUCUUCUCAUUGAAUGGACAUGUUUACAUUGUGUGRUAUGUAAUUUACUCAAUUUUCUCAAUCGUUAAAGAUAUUUUUCUUAUGAUUCAUGUGAUGACGCAGUUAAAAUUGGCAUGCGGCUUAAUCCGUGGACUAUAUUCAACAAUAUGCGCUUGGUGUUAACGUGCUGCCAUUCCCCCCCACUGGACCCUUUAUUGUUAUUUACUACUGUAAAUAAUGAAUCUUAAACGUUUUGCUGUCAUUUCCCUCACUCGUGUUUCACCGUCUGGGUUUUAGCUGCCAUCAGAGAAAAGGCAAUCCUCAGGGAGCUUGUUUGAUGGUUCAUGCCUCUUAACUUUUUGUGGACAGUAAAUGCCAGGAUUAAAAACAAAAACAAUACAUUAUAGGAUUUUAAGGGACUACGAUGAUGAAGAGUAAAAAAAAGCAAGAGGAUGAAGGCUCGACUCAAAGCAAUGCCUCCAGCAACUCGGCCUCGGAGGAAUCCAACCACUCUGCCUCGGAGUCGGGGAGUCAGUCAGAAAGCGAGCGCGGCAGCGAGAGAAAGAGAUCGCACAACUCGGAGUCCAACAGCUCCUCCGAGUCAGAGAGCCGCUCAGAGUCCGAGUGCGAGUCCACAGGGUCCAAGUCUCAGCAGACCACUUCAGAAGUCAAAGACAAGCCUGUUAGGAAGAAGGAGCGCCUAGCUGAUGUUAAAAAGAUGUGGGAGGAACAUCCAGAUGUUUACGGCGUCCGGAGGUCAAAUCGCAGCCGACAGGAGCCGGCUCGUCUCAACAUCGGAGCGGAGGGGAGCAGCGACUCCGAGAGCGAGAGCCCGAAAAGGAAAUCGUCCAGGUUGAAGAAGAAGGAAAAUAUCUGGAAAGAUGAUGACUCAAAUGAUGAUGAUGAUGACGAGGAGGAGGAGGAGAAGACGUCGGACAGUGCAGACAGUGAGCAGGAAGAGAAAAAAGUUAGAUCCAGAAGACUUCCUGCUAGAAGGCCUCAGACCAAAUCCUCAUCCAGAAAGCAGCAGUCUCAAAAGGGAAGGAAGUCGAGGAAACAGGAGUCAUCAGCUGAAGAAGACGACGAUGAGGACGAUGACGAUGACGACGAUGACGACGACGAGGAAGACACUCCUAAACGACAGACUCGAAGAAGGGGGGCCACAAAAGUUAAAAGCUAUAAAGAGGACCAACAUGACUUUGAAACCGAUUCUGACGACCUGAUCGAAAUGACGGGCGAUGCUGGCGAGGAGCAGCAGGACGACGACAGCGAGACCAUCGAGAAAGUUCUCGAUUGCAGAACCGGCAGCAAAGGAGCCACUGGAGCUUCCACCACUGUGUAUUCCGUGGAGGAAAACGGGGACCCGUGUGAAGGUUUCGACCCGGAGAAGGACGAAGGGGAGACUCAGUAUCUGAUCAAGUGGAAGGGCUGGUCGUACAUCCACAACACGUGGGAGAGCAUGGAUUCGCUGACGCAGCAGAAGGUCAAAGGGUUGAAGAAACUGGACAACUUCAAGAAGAAAAACGAUGAGCUGAACGCCUGGUUGGGGAGGGCGUGUCCCGAGGAUGUGGAGUUUCAUAACUGCCAGCAGGAGCUGACGGCCGAACUAACAAAGCAGUUCCAGUUCGUGGAGCGAGUUAUCGCAACAAAAACAGGAAAAACACCUGGAACCUCUGACUUCCCCUCUCACAGUCACAAGAUCCCAUCCUCCAAUGAACCUGAGUACUUGUGUAAGUGGAUGGGUUUGCCGUACUCUGAGUGCAGCUGGGAGGACGGAGCUCUGGUCAGAAAGAAGUUUCAGUCCUGCAUCGACGGCUUCAUGAACCGGAACUCCAGCAAGACGGUUCCCUCUAAAGACUGCAAGGUUUUGAAGCAGAGGCCGAGGUUCGUAGCUCUGAAGAAGCAGCCGUCGUAUAUCGGUGAUGAGAACCUGGAACUGAGAGAUUAUCAGCUGGCUGGGCUGAACUGGCUGGCUCACUCCUGGUGCAGGUGCAACAGCGUUAUCCUGGCUGAUGAAAUGGGUCUGGGAAAGACCAUCCAGACCAUCUCCUUCCUGUCRUACCUGUUCCACCAGCACCAGCUCUACGGGCCCUUCUUGCUGGUGGUGCCUCUGUCCACGCUGACCUCCUGGCAGAGGGAGUUUGAGACCUGGGCCCCGGACAUGAACGUGGUGGUCUACCUCGGCGACGUCAUGAGCAGGAAAACAAUUCGUGACUACGAGUGGGUGAACCACCAAACCAAAAGAAUCCGUUUUAAUGCACUGCUCACCACUUAUGAGAUUCUACUCAAAGACAAGGGGGUCCUCGGAAACAUUAACUGGGCUUUUCUGGGCGUGGAUGAAGCUCACAGGCUGAAGAACGACGACUCCCUGCUCUACAAGACCUUAAUGGAGUUCAGGUCUAACCACAGACUCCUCAUCACCGGCACUCCUYUGCAGAACUCCCUGAAGGAGCUCUGGUCUUUGUUGCACUUCCUCAUGCCCGACAAGUUUGAUUCCUGGGAGGAUUUUGAGGACGACCACGGUAAAGGCCGAGAUAAUGGUUACCACAGCCUUCACAAAGUCCUGGAGCCUUUCCUGCUCCGUCGAGUCAAAAAGGACGUGGAGAAGUCUCUCCCCGCCAAAGUGGAGCAAAUCCUCCGUGUCGACAUGACUGCACAGCAGAAACAGUUUUACAAGUGGAUUUUAACGAGAAAUUACAAAGCACUCUCCAAAGGCACUCGCGGCAGCUCCUCGGGCUUCCUGAACAUUGUGAUGGAGCUGAAAAAGUGCUGCAACCACAGUUUUCUUAUCAAACAUCCUGAGGAGGGAGACGGUGAAACCCAACAGGAAAACCUGCAGCAGGCUGUAGUAAGGGGCAGCGGGAAGCUGGUUCUUCUGGACAAGCUACUCACUCGACUCCGGGAAAGAGGAAACCGGGUCCUGAUUUUCUCCCAGAUGGUUCGGAUGUUGGACAUCCUGGCCGAGUAUCUCACAAAGAAGAGGUAUCCUUUUCAGCGCUUAGAUGGUUCCAUAAAGGGAGAAAUCCGAAAGCAAGCACUCGACCACUUUAAUGCAGAAGGCUCAGAGGAUUUCUGCUUCCUGUUGUCGACCCGAGCUGGAGGUUUGGGCAUUAACUUGGCCUCUGCAGACACGGUGGUCAUCUUCGACUCGGACUGGAACCCUCAGAACGACCUGCAGGCUCAGGCCCGAGCUCACAGGAUCGGACAGAAGAAACAGGUGAACAUUUACCGACUCGUCACAAAAGGAACGGUGGAGGAGGACAUCAUCGAGAGGGCGAAGAAGAAGAUGGUUUUGGACCAUCUGGUCAUCCAGAGAAUGGACACCACCGGCCGAACCGUUUUGGACAACAGUUCAGGAAGCACAAAUUCAAACCCUUUCAACAAAGAAGAACUGACAGCAAUUCUCAAGUUUGGUGCAGAAGAUCUUUUCAAGGAGGCAGAAGGAGAAGAAUCUGAACCUCAGGAGAUGGACAUCGAUGAGAUCUUAAGAUUGGCUGAAACAAGAGAAAGUGAUCAAGGCUCAAGUGCCACAGAUGAACUUCUGUCCCAGUUUAAGGUUGCUAACUUCUCCAGUAUGGAGGACACAGCUCCAGAGUUGGAUGAGAAGUCCGUACGGGAUUGGGAUGACAUCAUUCCCGAGGAUCAGCGGCGCAAAGUGGAGGAGGAGGAGAAGCAGCGGGAGAUGGAGGACAUCUUCAUGCUGCCCAGAAGCAGGAGCUCCAACAAACGGGCUCAGGCCAAUGACAGCGACAGUGACGUGGGCUCCAAGCUGAAGCAGCGCUCGUCAGGCUCCGACAGCGAUACUGACGACAGCGACGACGACAAGAAACCCAAGAGAAGAGGCCGACCUCGAGCUCGCAAAAACACUGUGGAGGGUUUCACCGACGCAGAGAUCCGCAGGUUCAUUAAAGCGUACAAGAAGUUUGGAUCACCUCUGGAACGGUUGGAGGCCAUUGCUCGAGACUCUGAGCUGGUGGACAAGUCCAUAGCAGACCUGAAGAGACUCGGGGAACUGAUUCACAGCAGCUGCGUGACGGCGAUACAGGAGCACGAGGAGCAGCUGAAGGAGAACCCAGUUGAAGCCAAAGGUCCCGGGAAACGACGAGGAAUCAACAUCAAGAUUUCAGGCGUUCAGGUCAACGCCAAGUCCAUCAUCCAGCACGAGGAGGAGUUUGAGCCGCUUCACAAAGCUGUGCCCCCCAACCCUGCYGAGAGGAAUAAGUUCCAGCUGACCUGCAGGGUUAAAGUGGCUCACUUCGAUGUGGACUGGGACCUGCAGGAUGACGUUCAGCUCCUGCUCGGGACUUACGAACACGGCUUUGGCAACUGGGAUCUGAUCAAGACCGACCCUGAGCUCAAACUGGCUGAUAAGAUUCUUCCAGAUGAUCCGAACAAGAAACCUCAGGCCAAGCAGCUGCAGGCGAGAGCCGAGUAUCUGCUCAAACUGCUCAAGAAGGAACAAGACAACACGGACACGUCUAAACCAGGAGACGAGGUGAAAGUGAAGAAGAGGAAGCCUCGAGUGAAAAAGGAAAAGGUUCUCAAAGACGAGCAGGGCAACGAUAUCUCCUCCCCGCGGCUGUCCGACAACCCGUCAGAGGAGGGCGAGGUGAAGGACGGCGGAUCUGAGAAGCCGACCGCGAAAAAGAGGCAGAAGAAGAAGGACAACAAGGAGAACAAAGAUAAACGGGGGACGCCUAAAAAGGAGAAGGAUGGAGACAAAAAGAAGACUUCCAGACCCAGGAAGGAGAAGGCUAAAGGAGCCAAAGGGAAGAAAACACAAGGUCCGGUUCACAUAACGGCCGGUUCUGAGCCCGUUCCUAUCGAAGGAAAGGAGGACGAUGAGCUUGACCAGGAAACCUUCAGCAUUUGUAAAGAGCGAAUGAGGCCAGUGAAAAAGGCCCUGAAGCAGCUGGACAAACCGGAUGAAGGGCUGACGGACCAGGAGCAGCUGCAGCACACGCGCACAUGUCUGCUGAAGAUCGGAGACCGGAUCACAGAGUGCCUUAAAGCUUACAGCGACCAGGAACACGUGAAGAUCUGGAGAAGGAACCUCUGGAUCUUUGUGUCCAAGUUUACAGAGUUCAGUGCAAAGAAGCUUCACAAGUUGUACAAGAUGGCCCAGAAGAAGAGGUCUCAUGAAGAAGAGAAAGACCACAAGAAAAAGGAAGACGUCUCUGGGAGAAUCAAGUCGUUCAGACCAGAAGCCUCCGGCUCCAGUCGAGACUCAACAGGACCUCAUCCAACCUCCAAAUCUCUGUCUCACGGGGCCGGGCCUGGACCCCACGGACACCACAGAGAGGCGUACAACUCUAACAAGCGCCACUUCGGCAGCAACGAUCGAGAAGACUGGCAGAGAGACCGUAAAUACAGCUACCCCGGGAACAGCAGCCAGCCGUGGCAGGGAGACCGCCACCAUUCCUAUGACCCUCACCGCUACAAGGAUCACUACGCAGACCGACGUCCUCACGGAGACACGUAUCGCAGCCCAGGGGGCUACCGCAACAACRUCUCUCCUCGGAAAAGGCCGUACGAGCAGUACGGCAACGACCGGGACCACAGGGCUCACAGACCCUAUUAUGACAGGCAUCCGGACCCCAAGCGAAGACGCCCCGACGAUUUCCACCCAUCUUACAACCAGGGCCCUCCUCAGGACUUCAGGAGGAUGCCGGACCACAGGCCACCAGGUCCUCCUGGGCCAGAUCACUACAGCAGACCCUUCCACCCUGACAAACCCCCUCCACUGUUGGACCCCCGCUCCCCGCAGGCUCAGAAGUCUCCGCCGGACGCCCGCUCUCCACUGGAGCGUCCCAUGGAGCCCGGCGUCGCGGUGGACCCGAACUGGAACAACAGGAAAGCAUAGGCCCGUCGGCUCUGACUCAGAAACUGAUCUGGGUCCAGAGCCACAGAAACUGGUCCCAGUCCAGAACCACAGAAACUGAUCCCAGUCCAGGGUCCAGAGCCACAGAAACGGAUCCCAGUCCAGGGUCCAGAGCCACAGAAACUGAUCCCAGUCCAGGGUCCAGAGCCACAGAAACUGAUCCCAGUCCAGGGUCCAGAGUCACAGGAACUGGUCCGGGUCCAGAGCCACAGAAACUGGUCCGGGUCCAGAGUUAACAAUGGACGAGUUUGACCUCGAUGUUUAUCAGCGAUCGUGGCUGAAAAUGAUUUCUUUCCUGAAGGAAGAAGUUUUGCUUCCAUCUGUCUUAAAGAUGGAAACUCUAAACUUGAUUCUAAUGACCUGAAGCUCAGCAGCUGAAGACUGAGCAGAAACUUAAAAACGUUUAGUCCCAUGGACUAAUUAAAGCAAAGUUAGGACACGAGUUCCUAAAAGUGCCUGAAAGUAUCGGCCUUGUGUUAAUAAACAUGUGGGGAAUAUUCCCAGAAGAACCAUGAGGAUUAUUUUUGUUGUUUUGUUUUGUAUUUAGCUUUAAGUAUUGCAGAUGAUGUCAUCGUUUGCACCUUUGAAUCAGUUCGAUCGUGUAGCUGAAACCAUUGGUGGAACUUUGCUGGAAACCCGUCUGUUCCUCACAGAUCACUCGUUACGAUUUUAACCAACAUUUCUUCAUGUUCAACUAAAUGCUCUUUCUUUAAUUAUGUAGCUGUAUAAUUUAUUACAAUCUGCCCCUCGCUCUGCUCUAUUCACUUUAACUCUGUUUCUUGUCUCUAAGCAGUAUUUCAUCCAACUUCUGCACAGAUUAAAAACACUAUAAAUCAGAAGGAUACUUUAUUACAGCCUGUCAGUAUUACGGCGCUUAAGAAGGGUGUUAAUUCACAUAAAGUCAGCACUUGUCUGUAAAAAGCUAAAUUAUAGAAGCCUUUUCUUUCAAGCAAGUCACUAUGAACCUGCCAUUGUAUUAACCUGGAGCCAAGUCUGACUUUUGUUUUAAAGCUAAAUCAUGGUUCAAAAUUGUGAAAAAGUCACAAUUUUCUGAUAAUUCCUGAACUUUCCCAGCUCCUGAAGCAGUUGAUUUUAGUGGAGAAAAUUCUAUAAAAUAAAUGAAAAAGGGUGUUUUUGGUCAGUGGGGGGUGCGUUUGUUUCAGUGAACAGCUCUUUUUUUCUUUUUUUCCACAAACCUGAARUUCCUGUAAUAUAUGCUCUGUAAGAAAAAUCAAAAUAAUUUAUAUUUGUGGGGAAAUCAAAACAAACUCAUGAGGAAUGUGCUGUACAUAUGUUUGGACAUAUGUAAUAAACUUUGUUACACAAAAGGAAA